GCGGAGGGCUGGUGCGGUGGAGACCUUUAGUUGAUGUGAUUUGAGGGUGACAGUUCGUCAACAGAUGAAUCCAGGCAGGCACGAAAGCAGCUGUGAUGGAUAAGUGUGAAGAGUGUACAUUGUUGUGAGGACAAUAUACUUUGACCAGAAAAAGGUGCAAAGAAGAGAGUGCCAAGGGCAUCAGUGCAAGAAGUCUCAGUGUUCCCUACUGGUUGUCUGUAAAACUGAGCUAGUCUGCAGUGGUUGGGCCAUGCUGUUCAAUACUAAGUAUUUGAGGCAUGAACACAUCACAGGAUUUGAAAACUAUAAGUAUAGCUCCAUUGACACAAGUCCUCUUAGCAACUAUGUGAUGCACCCUUUCUGGAAUGCAGUCGUCAAGAUCUGUCCGCGUAAUGUGGCGCCGAACCUGCUUACGUUGACGGGCUUCCUGCUCACGGUGGCCAACUUCGUCAUGCUUACCGUCUACGACUACUACUUCGUGGCGUCGAGCACGUCCAACAAGCCGGCCGUGCCGGCCAUCCCGCGCUGGGUCUGGCUGGUGGCCGCCAUCAACCUGUUCCUGUCACACACGCUCGACGGCAUUGACGGCAAGCAGGCGCGCCGGCUGGGCGUGAGCGGGCCACUGGGCGAGCUGUUCGACCACGGCCUCGACUCGUGGACCUCCUUCUUCAUCCCCAUCACACUCUUUUCUGUAUUCGGCAAGCUCGAGUACAGCAUCCCGUCGAUCCGCAUGUUCUACUGCAUGUGGAGCGUGUGGAUGUGCUUCUUCCUGUCGCACUGGGAGAAGUACAACACCGGCCUGCUCUUCCUGCCCUGGGGCUAUGACGUGUCACAACUGGGCAUCCUGGUGCUGUACCUGGUCACGUUUUUCGGCGACUACACGCUGUGGAAGUUCGCGCUGUACCGGGCGGCGGACGGCACGCCCGUGAUCACGGCGGGCGCCUCGUUCGAGAUCCUCAUGUGGCUGGGCACGCUGGGCACCAGCUUGCCCAUGACGCUGUGGAACGUCUACAAGAGUUACCGCGACGGUACGGGCAAGGGCCGCAGCCUAGGCUCCUCGCUGCUGCCGCUGCUCUCGCCGGCCAUCCUGCUGGUCAUCACUUCGCUGUGGGUGGCGUUCUCCCCGUGCGACAUCAUCAACACCGACCUGCGGCUCUUCAGCUUCACCAUCGGUGCCGUGUUCUCCAACAUCUGCUGUCGCCUGAUCGUGGCGCAGAUGACCAACAAUGACGUACAGGCGCUUAACAAACUGCUGGCGCCGGUGGCGCUCGCGGCGGGCGUGGCGCUACUCGCGCCUUCCACGACGCCCGCAGAGAUGGCAGCACUGUGGUCGCUGGCUGUUUUCGUCACGAUCGCUCACAUACACUACGGAGUGUGUGUGGUGCGGCAGAUGUGUCACCACUUCAACAUUCCGGCGCUGACAGUCAAAGAACGGACCGAUUGACUAUUAGCCGACGAUGCCUGAACGCUAGAAGAUUGACAUUGGCGCGCACCGGCCGGUCACAGCCGACCGCAGCGCCCUCUCGCUCCGAGCGCGCCGGGGUCGCGGCCGGUCGGCGCCACCGCCGCCCACCGUGUGGCGACACGGACCGAGAGGGAGGGCGCUGGCGGCCACAGAAGACCGCGCUGUACCUCGCAAGCCGGUCUUAAACGUUUGAAAACACUGCAACAGUUUUGGUUAUGUUGACUAUCAUUCGAUUGGGUAUCCGAAUUACAUUGACUUAGUGGGGAGCAGAUAUCUGGGAUGCUUAAAUUUGGUGGGAUUUAUGUGAUCCGGGUAGUUACCGAGUGUGCGACCAAUCUUAUCAUUUCGUAUGAUAAUCUUCUGGUGUUCGGUAUCGUCCGGACCUUUGAUUUUAGCCUGGAGCUGACCUGGCUUGAUUCGGUACGCUUAGUAUCGAUUCGAGCCCAUUUGAGCUCCCCGUGUUAUGUGCGUUUCUAGUCGCCGGGCGUUUCGACCCUCCACUGCAGCUUGUCUGGGGUCGAAAGGCGUGGAGUGUGGAAACAGGUGACGCGUUGCGUCAAGUUUGUGAGCGAGUUCCCGAUCGAUCGCCAUCUCCGAAAGCCAGCAGCAUCGCCCACUGCAGGCCCAGAUCAUCUUACCUCUGCUCCCAUCGAAGCUUUCAUGCUUGCCUUCCAAUCAUAUAGCGUGGAAAGACAUCCUGUCAGGGCAGUUUCAGGUGAUCCUUCGUUCGUUUGAGGCUGAUCACUAUUCGAGGCUUAUAUAUUCACUGUUUUAAGUUAUCAUUAUUCGCUAAAGGUUUUAAACGUUUCAUUCGUUUAACGGCGCUUUCAGAUACUCCUGUUGUUAACCGAGAGUUCCAUCCGUUUCCUCCGUUCUCUGGAGCUUUGGGAUGUUCUUGCCGGCCUUUGAUGGUUUGUGGCAUCCUAAGCUAUUGGUGCAGACGUCGGCACUCUUUGGUGGUCAAAUUUUCUCGUACUCUGAUUGCAGUGCUCCCGUUUCUGUCGCGUUUCGGUCCGCUGGCGACGGUAUGCAGACGUUCCUAAUUGUCGCGCUUUGCGACUCUCCACGGUCAGUGUGCUUUGUCCAGCUGGCAGACCUGCCGUCGGGUGCGGUGUCUGGUCCUGUGUGUCACGCCUGCUCCUCGCGGGAGUCGAUCAGCGCGGGCCGGCGCCGCCUGCUCGGGCUGAGGGGCUGCCCGCAGCUCCCCGGCGCGACGGGCCGGUAAGCCGCGCCUCGGCCUGUGGUCUCAGCCGUCGCAAUUGACCGGCCCUGGCGCUGGAGUCGGUGGGAAGCGCUCCAAGUGCCAGACGCACCCGUCUUUGUCCGUUUAGAGGCAGGAUGUUCGGCGAGUCUAGGUCUUGAUGCUGGAGUCAGGAUCAGCGGCGAAGUGAUAGUCUCGCGGCAUGAAUCUGCGGGCAAUGUCGCAGUGAUCGAGGUUGUGUAAUUCAAUAUUUGGCUGCAUUGUUUUCUUUUAGCAUAAUUUCUCAGGGCCGAAUUUUCCCGGUCUCGCCUCUUGUGUCCUUCGUCCUGUUUGCUGCGUAAGAUUUAUUCUACUCUUUCGCCUGAGGCUUCAUAUCAAACAAGUGCAGGAAAUACUUACUGGAUUCGCGCAUGAAAUGGGUAUAUUGUAUUGUUUUGCAAUGUUUCAUGUUCGUCCUCGCGGACUUUAAAUGUUUUGUUCUACUCACAGUACGGGUGCUUAUCCUACAAAUUUGUUCCAUUAGCUCGUGACUUACCGCAUAAUUUGGGACGCCCGGUCCUUGACUACGUCAUUUUGGACGGCUGUUCGGUUUGCGCGUCCAGUGAGUCCGUUCUUUGCUUCAAACUUGUGCCGUUUCCUAACAUGUUCUCCCACAAUCGUCGCCGAGCCGUGCACCGUACGGGGAGUGCGCGGCGCGUGUGGGCGACACCACUCUCGUACGGGGAGUGCGCGGCGCGUGUGGGCGACGCCACUCGGGUCCAGUUGUGAGCCGCUGGCUUGGUGCGGUCGAGUGGGAGGACCCCAUGGGCGGCGCACCCCACGCCGCACG